AUGGAGAGGCAACAAGUUAUUUAUUUAUCCAUACUCUGGCUAAAUAACCUUUGUAUUACUAACGGGGCCUACAAGUUUAACUCAUUAACUUGCGAGGUUGUUCCACCGGAAAGUAUUAACAAUUAUGUGUGCCACAUAAAGGCGAUUGAUCGAAAACAUAAUAUGCUUAGCAUUGCAUCCUACGCUCUUAAAAACGUCUCAGAAAUUGGAAUCCAUUUCAAAAUGGUUAAAAGAGAGAUUGGCGGUUGGCAUCCUUUUUUGUACGACAUGAAAUUGGACCUUUGCGAGUUCUUUAAGAACCGAAGGAAGUUCUUUAUUCCUAAUUUUAUAUAUUCCUUUAUGAAGUCAUUCACAAAUAUCAAUCACACAUGCCCAUAUCUGGCCGGCGCAGACUUGGGACUUUGGAAUUGGACUCCAGACGAAGCUGGAAUCUUAUCAAAAUUUCCAGUUGAACAUGGCCAAUACGGUUUGCACACAACUUGGUACAUUAAUAAAAAACUGGCAUUCAAAAUGAAUGGUUCAGUACUAUUCUUUUAAGUGUGUUGGUUAUAUGAUAUUUUAUUUAUUGUGGAACUCGGAUAAGAAGCUGUAUGUUUAACAUGAGUAACUUAUAAGUUUAUAUGUUUAAUAAGGCUGCGCGACAAUAUGUGGUGACGUCUUCAAAAGCAGAUACAAGAAGAAGGAAUACAUAAGAAAAUAUCGCAUAAAGCAAUAAAAG